ACUUUAAUCCCCGAGUGUCUUGGGAUCUUUAAUGACCACAAGAAACACAGGACAGAAGAGACUGUUCCAGAGACUGCUCCCAUGGCUCAAGCAGGUCCUUCUUCCAGGACUGCAGGCACUCGUAUGGGCAUUGACACGUGUAAAUUCCAGGGAUGCAUCUGCUGCGAGCAUAUAUGGAAGGGCGCAGAUAAAUUUCAGAACACAACUACAGGAAAACAAUACGACAUCACACAGUAUCUGACAUGCAAGACACCAAGUGUCAUCUACAUCAUCAGGUGUAAAAAAUGCCUGGUGCAGUAUGUUGGGAAGACUUCAACCACACUCCAAAGAAGAUUCAAAGAUCACAGAAGUUCUAUCAGAAAACGCCAAUAUCGACCAAUCCCUGAUCAUUUCAACAGCAAAGACCAUUGUCUUGAUCAUCUGAUUGUAUAUCCAAUUGAGCAGGUCGAUGGUUCCAAAGCACUAAAUGAGAGGGAACUCUACUGGAUCAGAGAGCUUGAUACAAUAAACCAUGGACUAAAUCUGGUGCCAUAUAAAUGUGCAAGACAGGAGCAAUUGGGCGAUAGUGAGGAAAGAUCAGAGGGACCAGCUGACAGACAAGUGGAAGAAUCCAUUAAAUGUCCUCAAAAAGGUAAACGAAAGCUCUGUGGAAACGAUGAUCUGAAAUCAAAGAGGAGAAAGCUGAAAAAUAAAGGACAGAAUGUGUUUUCACAUGAGACGGAAGAACUUCUCUUAAAAUGCGAAGAUGCAUUAGAAGAUGGGAAACAAACCAUGUCUGAGGUUUAUGCCAAACUCAAAGAUGUUUCCUGCAGAGAGGAACAGAGCCUGCAAUUUUUGGAUGACCUAAAGAAGAAGAUCUUUUAUUUAAAAGAAUAUGACAGAAAAGAGAAAAUUUACAUUGGACUGUUUGGGAAAACGGGAGCAGGGAAGACCUCAUUGAUCAACGCACUUGUCAAUGACCAGAUUCUGCCUUCAGGAAGCCUGCAUGCCUGCACUUCAGUCUUUGUGCAUGUGCAAGCCAAUACAGAAUCCAGCAAAUACAAAGCUAAUAUUGAAUUCAUCAGCCCUGAGGACUGGAAAUCAGAACUACAAUUCCUGGUGGAAGUACUUGAAAAAGACAAUGGCCAACAAAAUACUGCAGAAGAUGAUGAAAUGUUAAAAAUGGCAAGAGAAAAGAUCAAAGCCAUUUAUGGAGAAGUGGGACUGAAGAAAAGUUACAGUGAAUUGGCGGGGUCAAAAGUGUUAUCUAAGAUUCUGGGUACUGGCACGAAGACUAUGAAUUUUGACACUGCCCAAGAACUGUCUCGAAACAUUGGAUGCUACAUUCGGAGUGAUACAGAAGCAGAGAAGCAGUUCUGGCCUCUUGUGAAGCAAGUCACCAUCUCCUUGCCACAGUCUCCAGCUCUGCUGGAGAGGAUUGUGCUGGUGGACCUGCCUGGGGCCGGAGACGUCAGUAAACACAGAAGUGAGAUGUGGAAAGAGUGUCUCAGCCAGUGCUCCUCUGUCUGGAUUGUGAAUGAGACGAACCGUGCCCUGUCUGAGGAGGUUGCUGACAAGAUCUUUGAUGAAUCACUGAGACACGUUGCUGGAGGAGGACAGUGUCACAACAUCACCUUCAUCUGCACCAAAACAGAUAUCAUUGAACCCGAGGAGUUCAGAGAGAAUCAUCAUCUCACAGAUGAAAAUCUUGAAAUAGAAUGUGAUACUCAGGAUCCUCAAUAUGAAAGAAGAGAAAAACAAGCCUGUGUACUGUUCCGUAAUAAGAGAUGUAAAGAGAAAAUCAUUGCUCUCUUUAAAGACAAAACAAAGAAAUUUCUGCUUGGCGAUGAAUGGAAUUCAGACGGCUUCUUUGAUGUGUUCACUGUGAGUUCUACAGAAUACAAGAAAACUGUAAGAAACAAGCCAGCUGUUCUGGAUCGCAAUGAAACUGAAUUGCCAUUGCUGAUGGAGCACAUUAAGAAACUGUAUGUCUCCCAGUCCGUGAAGGAAGUGGAAGAUUAUGUAUCUGAGGUUUCUGGAAUUAUUUCAUUUCUUCACUUUUCUCAGGAUGCCCUCAGUGCAAAGGCUCAGACUUCAAAUUCCCAGGAGUUCAGCCGACUUGAAAAGGAGCUGGAUAAGACUUGCACUACACUGAAUUCAGUUCUGAGCAGAGCUCACUCAGACCUCCAGAAACGUCUGCUGACGGGAGCAAAGGAAGCAGAGAAACACUGCCUGAGGAAUGCCAAAGAGAAAGUGCUGGAAAAAGAACGUGAUAACAGAGGCUACCACAAGACGCUCAAAGCCUUGUGUAGAAAUGAUGGCUAUUGUCGAUCUGGCAAUGGAGUGGUAGUUGAUCUGAACUACACUCUGUCAGAACCCAUGUACAAAGAGAUGAAUGACGUCUUCCUGACAACGUUUGGCACUAGAGGUAGAGGUUCCAGAAAAUCAAUCAUUGCGCACUUCGAAAGUUUUCAAGAGGCCUUCAUCAAAAAUGAUCUUCUGAAAGAUAACAGAAAGAAUAAAGGAAAAUACCUGCGUCUGGUGUACAUUAGAACAGAGCAAAGAAAAGUACACAAGAAUUUGGAAAAGAAAAUCCUAAAGGAAAAGAAGCUGAUCUACAAUUCCCUCACUGAUUCAAUCCGUAAUACCAUGAUGGAAACAUAUAAAGAAUGCACUGGCAUCGAUGGACCGUCUUCUUUCUCUAAGAUUCAAGAGAACCUGAAAGAUGCAAUUGAGAGAUCCAAAAAUGGCAUGUUCCGUGAGGCCAUGAAGAAGAUGCUGGAGCAAUUCAGUAGUCUGCAGGAAUACCUUGUGACAGAAAUUAAGACACAGAUGACGACCUCCUUGAGGCUGGCUUUAAACCAGAUCCCAGAAGACCUCACUGGCCUCCCAGAUGUUUCAGAAGAAAUGGAGACAAUGAAGCGAAGCUGUGAUUCUUUAGACAUGAAGAUUUUUGAACUCACCGAAAGCGGAUGACGGAUCCAGCUGAGAUCACCAUGGCAACCUGUCUCAUCCAAAUAAGGUUGCAAAAUUUCAUGAAUAUUCAGGGUGGAAACUUUCUGUGGGAAUUAAUGGGAAUAUAUGGGAAUUAAUUAAAAUAAAUGAACAAUCCUUUGCAACCCUACA